UUUUUAACUUUUGUCUCAAAACGGUACCGUUUCACUGGUAAGAAUGCAAGAAACUGCUACUAGCAGAGCCACUGCCACUGGGAAAGAAACGGAUAGACCUCAAAGCUCAUGAGAAUAGGAAUCGAAUCCAAUUAAUUUCCCUAAUUCCUAACCCUAACUGUGAAAAUCAUCUCGAUGCCGAUCGCCUCUACCUCAAUCUUCCGCUACAGCAAUCCUUCCUCACUCCUCCUCCUCCGCCGUGGCGCUGCUGCCUCUUUCCGCCACCUCUCCUUUGUCGCCAAACACCAAAACCCCAUCUCCAGAAAACCUCAAAAUAAGAAUCUCCUCCGAGCAAAACAGACAGUCAAGCACCUCUCCUCCCUCUCGCCGACGCUCCCAGUGAACCAUCGCCCCCUCCUGUCCGCCACUGAAGCCGUCGGCAUGGUUGCUGCUGCCCAAGCAAACUUCAUGCGAGUCAUAGUCGAAGAUUCUAGAGUCGAAGACGGCGACGGCGGCGGCGACGGAGAUGGCGAUGGCGAUGCCGUCAGGGUUGGGGUUGAGCUGCUGUGUGUGGUGAGAGCCGUGUUGAAGAAGAUCAAGAGGAGGGUUUUGGUGGGAGAUAAGGUGUUGGUUGGGUCGAUAGAUUGGGUGGAUCGCCGGGGCGUGAUUGAGAAUGUGUUCUCGAGGAAAUCGGAGAUUCUGGACCCUCCAGUGGCCAAUGUGGAUCACCUGUUGGUGCUUUUCGCGAUGGAGCAGCCAAAAUUGGAGGUGUAUUCGCUUACUCGGUUUUUGGUGGAGGCUGAGUCCACUGGGAUUCCGAUCACACUCGCAUUGAACAAAUCGGAACUCGUCGACGAAGAGACACGAGUUGCUUGGAAAUCAAGGCUCCGAAGUUGGGGCUAUGGGCCAGUUUUUUGCAGUGUUGAAUCCAAGUUUGGACUUGAUACUCUUGCAUUCAGCUUGAGAGAACAAACAACUGUGAUUGUAGGUCCAAGUGGAGUAGGGAAGUCUAGUCUCAUAAAUGCUUUGAGAAGCAACCACCCUCUUAUUAAUGUUUCUUCUGAAGAGAACAAUUGGUUUGAUUCUAUUUUAGGGAGCAAAUUGUUAGAAGAACAGCGUGUUGGGGAAGUGUCAGUAAGAAGUGGGAGAGGGAAGCACACUACUCGCCAUGUAUCCUUACUUCCGCUAUCUGGAGGGGGAUAUCUUGCUGAUACUCCUGGGUUUAACCAACCAAGCUUGCUGAAAGUAACAACUCAAUCUCUUGCACAGACUUUCCCAGAGAUCAGGAAAUUGCUCAGUGGCAGUGCUAAUGAACCUGAAAAAUGCUCAUUCAAUGAUUGCUUGCAUCUUGGUGAGCCAGGGUGCGUUGUGAAAGGAGAUUGGGAAAGAUAUCCAUACUAUUUUCAACUGCUUGAUGAGAUAAAAAUCAGAGAAGAAUUUCAGUUGAGGACCCUGGGAACCAAAAGAGAGGGUGAUGUGAGGUACAAGACAGGUGAUAUGGGUGUCAAGCAAGCAGAACCACGACUUGAGCCUAAGAAGCACAGAAGACAAUCUCGCAAGAGGAUGAACCAGUCCAUCCUAGACGAGUUGGACGACCUUGAUGAUGAUGAUAGCUUAUUAGAUGCUGAAGGUGACUCGAUUUUAAAUGAAAUAGGCAAUGAAAAUCAGUAGGGAGCAUGCUUGGCUCGUUCAUAUGCUGUGAACAGUUCUUGACCAGCUCUUUUGUUAUAAAUCAUGAAGAGGUCACAAGCACAUGGCUAAAAGUGGAGUUCCAAGUCUUUUCUGCUGCUGUGAAUGUGAAUGUCUAGGAUCACAGUAGCUAACAACUUGAGGCGUGACUCAGAAAAACAAUGUCAAUGUUUUCUGUCAUGCUUGAUCCUUGUGAUGGAGGAACUGUUAAGUCUCAUUUGCCUUCUUCAGUAGAAAUGAAUAUAGAAAAUUCCUUGUAUGAAGCUUACAGUGAAUUGAGGUUUUGUGCAGAAA